UAUUUUUCGAUGUAUUUCUACAGGUACUGGAAUACUUUUACCGGGACAAUUUAACCUACAAAAAUAUAAGGUGUAAAUAUAUUUAGUGUCAUAUUUUUGUAGCUAAUAAAAACGAAUACAGUUAAAAAUGUAUAAGCGUACAGUGUCUGGAUGUGCGACGAUGUUGGCAAGAAAUCUGGGAUUUCUUAAGGACCAUGCACUUGCAGAUGUUAGAAGGAGAAUGCUUAGUUCAUCUAGUCAAGCUUCUCGAUACAGACCGUCAACUCCAAUAAAUACUAUCAUAAUGUUCGUUCCUCAACAACAGGCAUGGAUCAUAGAAAGAAUGGGGAAGUUCCAUAAGAUAUUAGACCCAGGUUUAAAUAUUUUACUUCCUAUCAUUGACAGAGUUAGAUAUGUACAAAUUUUGAAGGAAUUAGCAAUAGAUGUACCAGAGCAAAGUGCAGUUACCUCAGAUAACGUAACUCUAAGUAUCGAUGCAGUACUGUACUUAAGAGUAACUGAUCCUUACUUGGCAUCUUAUGGUGUCGAAGAUGCCGAGUUUGCUGUAAUUCAGGUAGCUCAAACUACCAUGAGAUCCGAACUAGGAAAGAUAUCUUUGGACAAAGUGUUCAGAGAAAGGGAAGAAUUAAAUGUUUCUAUCGUCGAAAGUAUCAACAAGGCCAGCGAAGCAUGGGGAAUAACGUGUCUGCGGUAUGAAAUACGUGACAUAAGUCUACCGCAAAGAGUGCAGGAAGCGAUGCAAAUGCAGGUGGAGGCGGAACGGAAGAAACGCGCCGCUAUAUUGGAAUCCGAAGGUAUCAGAGAGGCGGAGGUAAACGUGGCGGAAGGCAAAAAGCUCGCGCAAAUUUUAGCUUCAGAAGCGGUAAAGCAGGAGCAAAUCAACAAGGCUGCUGGAGAAGCUGCGGCUAUAGUGGCGGUAUCUGAUGCGCGGGCGAAGGGAUUGCAGAUAAUCGCAAGUUCGCUGGGCACGGCGGACGCGAAGAACGCAGCCGCGCUCAGCGUGGCGGAGCAGUACGUCAACGCGUUCAACAAGUUGGCGAAAGUUAAUAAUACGUUAAUACUGCCGAGCAACGUGGGAGACGUUUCGACAUUCGUCGCACAGGCGAUGACAAUUUAUAAACGAAUAAUACCAGAAGAAAGUACUAACCAAAAGCGAAGACAAAUAACAGACGAUAGUCAUAUAAAUUCUCCAGUCGAGGUGGAAAAUUCCGAUGAAACGUACGAGUAUUUUAGCGACAGAGAAGAGGCCGAAAAACACAAGAAAGGAAAACAGAAGCCUUAGGUAUUACUUAAGUACUUCCAUCUGCAAUAGAAAUAUAUGUUCUUAUUUCUUACAUAUUGUUCGUUUAAAUUUUACAUUGUAAAUACGAUAUAAAAGUAAAAAUUUACACCA